AUGGAAGACGCUGAUUGGCAAGAUCUACAGGAAUGGGCGGCUGGAACGAUUCGAGUGUGCCUUGCAGAUGAAGUUAUGUAUCACGUUAUGCAUCUCAAAUCGGCGGAUGAGAUAUGGAAGAAACUGGAAUCGCAGUUCAUGUCGAAAACCCUAACGACAAAGCUGUAUCUGAAGCAGAGGUUAUACGGGCUGAAGAUACAGGAGGGGACCGAUUUAGGGCAACAUGUGAAUAUCUUCAAUCAGCGGAAACAGAAAUCUGGAGAGUCAUCUUCUCAAAGUAACAGCUUAUAUGUGAAGGGUAACCAAGAUCGUGGAAGAAGACAGGUGCGGGAUAAUUCAGGAAAUCAGAAUUUCAGAUCCAAGUCGCGGGACAAAUCGAAAGGGAGGAAAACUGUGACAUGUUAUAAAUGCAAAGAACAAGGGCAUUUUAAACGGGAUUGCCCAAAGUGGAAGAAACAGACUGCUGAUAUGUCAUCUAAGUCUGCGAAUGUGGUACAGAAUGAGGAAUUUGAUUGUAGUGAUGGAGAUAUGUUAUCUAUUUCGACUGCGCAGUAUGAUGAUGCUUGGAUUCUCGAUUCUAGAUGUUCAUAUCAUAUAACGCCUAACAGAGAGGGGUUUGCUACUUAUGAACCAGGUAACUCGGGUUCUGUUUUUCUUGAUGAUGAUAGAUGUUGCGGUAUUGUCGGUAUUGGGGAUGUCAAAAUCAAGAUGUAUGAUGGAACUGUUAGGACAUUAUGUGAUGUGAGACAUAAGUUGAAGAAGAAUUUGAUUUCUUUGGGUACUUUGCAUAAAAAUGGUUUCAUUCCCAAGGCUGAUGAGGAUAGGGAAACCAUUAAGAUUGUGAAGGGUGCCUUGACUGUGAUUAAGGAGAGGAUCACUGCAGGGAACAUUUACAAACUGUGGGAAGUGCAGUUGUAG